GUUCUGCAGGAGUGCAGCGGUCUGGAACAGCUCGUGUGCUGAAGCAGUGAAGGCUGCAUGUAGGAGCCUGGCCAGAGGGCGCCUUGCUAGGUAGCUUGAUCUGCCCAGUGUCUGGCUAAAGUACCUGAAGUCAUCUCAUACUUGGUAGUACCGUAGUUCUUAACACCUUCGCUGUGAGCUGCAUAGGAGGUGGUGGUCAGUUUCGAUUCACGUUUGUUUCAAGGUAUUGGGACGAAAGCGGCUUACCUGCAGAUUUGCUUGUGGGCAACGUGCCUUUCUAGAAACUCAACUUCAAGUCGAAUUUCUUCCACAAUCUGGUGUCAUCAAAGUAAGACAUUGGAGGUGGUCUAGCAUUUCACAUUCUGAUCUCAUGCGACAAGUAACAACGAGGUGUUGAUCAAUCCCAGGAAAGGGGAAUUUGGGUCAGCUUAUAGUCGGGCUGCUGUAGCUAGCUUCUGAUGGCUUUCAAAAUAGCGGCCCUUAGCCGCAUCGAUGCUUAUCCCCGGGCGGAAUCGCACCUGACUCAGAGGACUAUUUCGGGCGCAGCAAUAUCAAUCAUGGGAAUAUCCUUGAUGGUCCUUCUCUUUGUCAACGAACUGCAAUUCUACAUGACACCUUACACAGAGAAUGAGAUGACCGUUGACGUGAAAGGACGGGAAAAGCUACCUAUCCACAUCAACAUCACUUUCCCAUCCUUACCUUGCUCAGUUUUGAGUUUGGAUGCCCUCGACAUGUCUGGCAAACAUGAAGUAGACAUCAGCAACAAUAUCUGGAAGGCCCGCCUGGACUCCCAAGGCCGGCCUGGCAUCUGGCAGCAGGUUGACAAGCUGGACCAUGCUGACGAUACUGCUCACAAUGAGGCGCACGCAGAAGAUACCACUGAGCAUGAUUUUGCGUUGGCCAACGCUCGUCGGGCUGCUCAAGCAGACGCGAACAAGCAGGUAGAAGACAUCAAGGCUGCGUUGGCCAAUCAGGAGGGCUGCAGGGUAUAUGGGCACCUGGACGUGGAGCGAGUCGCAGGCAACUUCCACAUCAGUGUCCAUGGGCAAAGCUACUAUGUGCUGGGACAGGUAUUUGCAAGUGCGAGCACAGUAAACGUCAGCCAUCACAUUGAGUCUGUAUCUUUUGGGCCUCCAAUUCCUGGGACCACGAACCCCUUGGAUGGUUACACCAGGAUUCUAAAGACAGAACAAGAGAGCGGCACUUUCAAGUACUUCAUCAAGGUUGUCCCGACAGAGUACUUCCCUCUUAAAGGCGAUCAUGUGGAAACCAACCAGUACUCCGUCACGGAGUAUUUCAUGCCAUCAUCCAUGCAACCGGGGGGCCUUCCAGCUGUCUACUUUCUGUACGAUCUUUCUCCCAUUGCUGUCAAAGUCACCGAAAGACGGAGGAACUUCGGCCACUUCCUUACUCGGAUCUGCGCUGUGUUGGGGGGCACCUUUGCAGUCACUGGCAUGAUCGACAAGUGGACUUACAAAACCGUACAGCUCUUUACUAGUCAAAGAAGUAGCGGUUCUCAAUAAUACGGGGUCUUCGAUAGGUGGAUUGAAGCGCGCACUCUUUGCUUUUCCGCUAGCAUAAACGAGUUCAUUCACCGGGUCAAGCAGGCUUCAGCCUAGCUAAGCCUAGACCAGAAAAAGGCGGCUGUGAUUGCUCUUUGAUCAAUUGCGGUUUGCGUUUGGGCAGCCCCCGGUCAAGAAAAAGUGUGAGGCUUGAUAGGCCACCAGUUGUCACCGUUCCUUUUGAUCGUGCAUUCAGGGGUUUCCACGAGCUAUUGCGUAUUGGGGAUGUCAUGCAAAUAUAUUGGUUUGGGAACGGCAAUUGAGUUGAAGCUUUCAGAUUUCUUUGACCCCCAAAGACCGCUGCUUCGGAGCGCACGUCUGAGCAGACCUCUUAGAGAAUUCCAUGGUAUGGCACAUUCAGAGCCAAACGGUUUUUCGUCGGAAUGCACUACAAUUUUUGUUUGCAGCAUGAUCGGAC